AUGAGUCGACUCCCUACUGUACAUGCUGUCUUUGCUUUUGCUUUUCUACCUCUCGUGAUUGGUGCCCCUGGACUGUAUAAACAAGAAUACUGCUCCGUGGCGGUCACAGAUUGUACCAAUUGUCGUCCAUCGCCAGAUAAUUUUCUCCCUACAGCGGUAAACACUUCUACUUCAGAUCAUGCCGGCACUGAUAUCCUAGAAGGUGCAUUCUCGGCGCUUGCUGUGUUACAAAAUGAAUACUAUCAAAUAGGAAGAAACACAUGGCCAUCAGCAAUAGACUGGACUGCCGCGGUUACGGAGACUGUCGUUUGCUCCGUAAUUUCGACUCUUACGAGGUCGCUAGACUCGUUACUUCUAGGCACUAAUCCAGCUAUUCGGGAAGCGCAUGAAAAUCUCAUCUCUACAGUUUACGAUCAAGUUAUUGGUUAUCAUUUCGAGCAGGAUAUAGUUGCCAUCCGAGAUCAAGCCUUUGAUGACAUAUUAUGGGUGGUACUGGGCUGGAUAGAGGCUAUAAACUUUGCUCGAUCGCAUAGCAGUCUCCAUUUCCCCGGCGCCGAUUCCAAUUUCAAUGCUAGUUUCCCAACUGAUGUUCAUGAAGCUUUGGCGUCGCUGCCUUGGCGCGGUCAGUUUUGGAUUCCCUCGUUCCAAAGCCGAGCCAAGAGUUUUUGGCUACUCGGCGCACAGGGAUGGGAUACUGCCUUGUGCCACGGCGGCAUGGUCUGGAAUCCCCGUCUAGAGCCUUACAAGAAUGCCAUUACGAAUGAGCUUUAUGUUUCUGCCUCUAUUUCCAUGUAUCAGUACCUUAACAACGGAACCGCUGUUGACAAAGACCCUCUGCAUCUCCAAGCAGCCAUUGAGGGCUACAAAUGGCUUAUGGGCAGCAACAUGACCAACAACGAAGGCCUAUUCGUCGAUGGUUUCCACAUUGAUCGACAGAAACCUGGCAAUGUGGAGUGCGAUGUCCGCGACGAAAUGGUGUAUACUUACAACCAGGGAGUACUGCUGACGGGACAAAGGGGAUUGUGGGACGUGACAGGGAGCCCUUCGUAUCUUGCAGACGGGCACAACCUUAUCCAGGCAGUCAUAAAAGCCACUGGUUGGAGUCUAAAGACGAACCAGCCAGUAGACUUGAUAGAGAUGACUUCAAAACUACCAAAAUGGAGAGGCCUUGGCCGUGGAGGCAUUCUGGAAGAGCAGUGUGAUGCAAGCGGCACUUGCUCCCAGGAUAGUCAGACGUUCAAAGGGAUAUACUUUCAUCAUUUGAACGCAUUUUGUCGGCCCCUACAGUGGGAUGAUAUAAACGACCGCAACAAUCUCAACAUGGAUAGCUUCAGCCACGUCAAAGCAGCCCAUAGAUGUGCUUGCGGGGCGUAUCUUGGCUGGAUCAAGCAUAACGCCCUGGCAGCGCUGAGAACUCGAGACAGCAGGGGCCGCUUCGGCAUGUGGUGGGGAUCAGGCAUUUUCGGCAACAUUACUGUUUCGCCAGAAGCAGAUGGGAUCAAUCACAAGGCCGUAAACUCUACCGAUUAUCGCAACCACGGGACGCCCAAAGACGAGGUUUGGGGCCGAAGUGCAAGAUGGCUGCCGGGCAAUGGGAAGGGGGCCCUGGAGAAACAAGCCCCGUUUACGUCAAAUCUGAAAUUGGACCUAAAGAACAUGGACGUGGCAGAGCCUGCGGAGAUACUACUCAUGGAAAAGCCACGCGACGGCGAUCCCAAUGAUCGCGGCAGGGGAAGGACGGUGGAAACGCAGGUAGGAGGCGUUGCUCUGCUGCGCGCCUAUUGGGACAUUUCGCAGUCGCAGUCGUCAUGA